AUGGAUAACUCGUCUGAGAUCACUUUCUUCAUUUUGGCUGCAUAUGAGGAUGUAGGAAACUGGAAAUAUUUCUAUUUCAGCAUUUUGCUUUUUUUGAAUGUCACAAUUAUUCUGGCAAAUGUAUUGCUUAUUGUAGUAAUCUCUGUGGACCGGAGUCUGCAUGAACCAAUGUAUGUGUUUCUGUGUAAUUUAUUUGUGAAUGAAUUGUAUGGAAGCACUGCAUUACUUCCCGCACUGUUACUUAAUCUUUUGUCAGAUACUCAUGAAGUCUCCAGUGCUUGCUGUUUUUUGCAGAUGUUUUGUGUGUACACAUAUGCAUCUGUAGAGAUGUGUAAUUUAGCUGCUAUGGCUUAUGACAGGUAUUUGUCCAUCUGUUAUCCACUACAUUACAGUGAUAUAAUGACUUCUUGUAAAAUGCACUCAAUAAUUGUGUUCAUUUGGGUUUAUUCAUUUGCCAAACUUUCAGUUACUCUGGUGUUAACUUUGCAGCUACCGCUGUGUGGAAAUAUUAUACACAAAGUGGGUUGUGACAACUUUUCUUUGAUCAGACUUGCCUGUACAGACACUACUCUGAACAAUAUUUUUGGACUUUGCAGCACAGUAGUGAUCAUCGCUGUCCCAUUGAUUUUUAUUUUAUAUUCUUAUGCAAAAAUUGUCAGGAUCUGUUAUAAUUCUUCCAAAGAAGCUCAAAAGAAAGCUUUAAACACCUGUACUCCCCACUUAAUAUCACUCAUGAACUUCUCAGUUUGCAGUUUCUUUGAAAUUGUCCAAAACCGAUUUGAUAUGACUUAUGUCCCCUCAGUCAUUCGUAUAACAUUGUCAGUGUACUUUUUGUUAUGUCCUCCACUGUUUAAUCCAAUUAUGUAUGGAAUAAAGAUAACAAAGAUAAAGCAAGCUGUUAAAAAGCGGUUGUUUCCUAAAAGCAUUUUUCCACAGUUGGAAUACAGUAAAUAA